GAGGAUGAAGCCUUCAUGGGCUUCCUAACUCGAUAAUACUUAUAGGGUUGGACGCGGAGGAAAGGCGACCCAUGAAAUCCUACACAAUCUAGAACAAGAAUCCAAUGGCCAAUUCCACACGCCUUGUGACCUAAUAUGGUAAUAUAAAAUAGCUAUUAAGAGGUUCAAUAUGUUUGCCAAGCCUUGGAAUUGGAGAACCUACCGCAUUAACGGGGCCUAAUAUAGCGAAUGCGGAGAAAUUACCCCGAGGAAAACAAUUUAUAAACAUCGAGUGACGAGAAUGAUGUAUACGUCGAGAUGGUCAGACUCGUGUGGUGUAUGCGUCCUAAGAAUAAAAGAUGUUCGGUUCGAAAUUGUGGCUCUCAGCGGGCUUGCUGCUGCUGAAUGCAGUCGUAGUACCGGGGAAAUACAUCGUACCCGGAGCUCGGUGGCGUGCAGCUGACGGGAGCCUGGUCAAUGCUCACGCAGGCAGUGUCCUAUUAGACAAUGACACAUUUUGGUGGUUUGGAGAGUAUAAGACUCAGGAACAGCCAGAAGGCGGUGGCGUCUCCGUCUACAGUUCCCCGGAUCUCGCUACAUGGACAUUCCAUGGCCUUGCUCUAGAACCUGUUCAGGGGAAUCCUUAUAUUUCCCCUCAGAACAUUAUCCAGCGGCCAAAAGUGGUGAAAAGCGAGUCGACAGGACAAUAUCAUAUGUGGUGGCAUGCCGACAAUUCUAGUUAUGGACUCCUGCUCCAGGGCUUCGCAACGGCAGAUACAAUCGCUGGGCCUUACACCUUCGUAAACGCCACGGCUCCUCUGGGAAACUGGUCACAGGAUUUCGGCCUGUUUACCGACUACAAGGACGGUCGAUCAUACGCUCUAUAUUCCAAUGGCGAUAGUGUCGAGGGGAGAGACGUAUAUAUCUCUUCAUAUGAUGAGCAGGUCACCGCACUUGACGCGGUCGUUCAUCGCUUUGACAAGUAUGACCUUGAAGCGCCAACUAUCAUCCAGACAGACCAAAGCUAUUAUGCUCUGAUGAGCCAUAAAACAGGUUAUAGACCAAACAACGUCGUUUGUUUCCGUGCUGACAGCUUGAGUGGGCCGUGGAGCCAACCUUGGAUCGUCGCUCCGCUCAACACGAGAACUUUUAACUCCCAGUCUGGCUUCACGCUGAGAAUAAAUGGGCGCGAGAAGACGACUUACCUUUAUCUAGGCGACCAGUGGGACUCUAAUUCGAUCUGGGAAAGUCGGUACAUCUGGUUGCCAAUGACAAUCGAUGACAACAAGAAAACGCUCGAGUUAGAGUGGCAUGAUGUCUAUGACCUGGAUGUAGAAACGGCAGAGUGGCAUCCUGUUGAGGGCAGAGAAUAUUACGUGAAAGAUGCGACGGUCAACGGGACUGCAUUCAAGCAAGAAGCGAAUUUCGCUAGCGGCGGCACUAUAUUAACGGGGAUUGAGGGGAAUGAUAGUACUGUCACCUUCCAUGGCAUUGAGGGGACGGGCAAACCUCAAUGGGUGUCUUUCUAUUAUCAGAAUAUUGAUGACAUGGGCUUCGGGGAUCAACCUGGUGGAAGCCCUGACCGAAUUGGCGGAUCGUGGCAACUCCGUCGUAUCAGCAGUGUCGUCGUAAAUGGAGAUACGGAGAACGUGGAGACAUUGUUCCAAAGAGAUACGCACAAGGGCAUCAUCUUAUCAGCGCCGCUUCAGCUGACGUUGGCGGAGGGAUCGAACAAUACUAUCACAGUGGGCGGGCUGUAUAAUGGAUUUUAUUAUAAGGGAGCGGAUAUUGAGAAAAUCGUAGUCUAUCCGCCAGAGGAUUAGACCUCUGUGCUUUUUGAGCCAUCAAGAGAAAAAAAAGAAGUUGCCCCUUACCCCUGAAAAUGUGGACAGUCCGUAAUUGCCUAAACCCCUUUUCCUCUCGGGUGCAACUGCAGUUCCAGCCUCGAAGUUGCCUACGUAUUGUCGUACUGGCCACCCCUGAAGGUUUCUAGUCUGGUGUUUGAGUUGAUAAGCUAUCUACCUAGGUAGGUGCAUAGGGAGGUAUGAUACGAUAGAAGGAACGAUCCAAAGUACU